ACAUCUCACAAAUCUUGAGCGAGAAAGGGAACCUUUCAUCAGCUGUCAACAACACCUGUAGAUGCCACCAGGGCUGCCUGUUAUACCUGCGGUCUGGUCGGCCUCGGACUUUUGUAAUUAUCUCUUUAGCGUCCUUCGCCGUCAGCCCCUUUUCCGACUCCACGACUCGUGUCGUUUCGUGACUUGCCGUGGAUUCCGAACAUCAAUUGGAGGACUUUUAUGCCCCACAUGGAUUUGGGGUUCAUGGCUGACCUUAUUUCUCUGUCGUCGGAUUGUCCGUCGCACCACCUUGUCUCCUAGAUUCUUUUCCUUCUCAGGCCCUAUUCACCCUUGAUGACUGUUGGUGAUGGUCCAAUGUCAAUCAUAGUUCAAGGCGCGGCCUUGGCUAGCUUGAUCUGGAGCUGCACCGUCUUUGUUGUCCAAAGCAUCGGCAUCUACAAACUUUUCCGCAACCACUCCGCACAACAUCCGAAGCCGGUGUCGCCGUCGCUGAGACAUGACGAUGUCCCUCACAUCACGGUAAUACGCCCGGUCAAGGGCGUCGAGCCGGAGCUCUAUGCAUGCCUCGCUUCGACCUUCCGGCUUGCCUACCCAAAGGACAAAUUGACCAUCUAUCUUUGCGUCGCAUCCACACUGGACCCGGCAUAUCCCAUCCUUCAGCAAGUUGUUGCAGACUUCCCAGGACUGGACGCGAAGGUCCUAGUCGAGGAAGACGACCCCUUGCUGCACGGACCGCAAGGCCACACCAACAAUCUGGGACCGAACCCAAAGAUCCGCAACAUCAGUCGCGGGUAUCGGGAGGCGAAGGGUGAUAUAAUAUGGAUUGUUGACUGCAACGUCUGGGUUGGCACAGGCUCUGCAGGGAGGUUGGUGGACAAGCUCUGCGGAUUCCGUCCCGAUGGCGCGAGAGCGACACCAUACAAAUUCGUCCACCAGCUCCCCCUCGUCGUCGACAUUGACACGCACACACCCCCGAAGGAAGAGAGCCUUUCGUCGGGAAACGAUCUCCGGCCGCGUGCGACUACGGAUAUCUGGAGCCACGGAGGCAGGCUCGAGGAAAUGUUCAUGUCGACCAGCCAUGCCAAGUUCUACAGCGCCAUCAACGCCGUCGGCGUCGCGCCUUGCGUAGUUGGAAAGAGCAACAUGUUUCGCAAGUCUCACCUGGAUCGCCUGACCGAUCCCUCCCAGAACCCGGUGCUCUCCGCCUCAGAUGCUUCACGAGGCCGGGGUCUGGACUUUUUUGCGUCGUACAUCUGUGAGGAUCAUCUCAUUGGCGACCUGUUUUUCAAGUCUGAAAUCCCUGGUUUCAAGAACCAUGGCCUCGUUUUCGGCGAGGUAGCGAUCCAGCCCAUGUCCGGCAUGUCUGUUGGCGCCUACAUUGCCCGCCGGACGCGCUGGCUGCGCGUUCGAAAGUGGACUGUGCUGGCUGCCACCCUCGUUGAACCAGGAGUUGAGUCGCUCCUAUGCGGCCUACACUUUGGCUUUGCGCUCACCACGCUGCCCGUAGUCCACGAGGUACUGGGCAUUCCUCAGGCAUGGAGCGCUAUGGGCGCGAUCUGGGCUUUGGUGGUCACCAUAUGGAUGCUUCUCGAUCGCUGCUUGACAAGCAAGCUUCUCGAAUUCCGGGCCGUUGAUGUGGAUGAGAACACACCUGCUUUUGCUCUGGGUUCGACCCGCCGUGGGGGGGUAGCCCAGAGGCCGCUCCAGGAGUGGCUGCCAGCCUGGUUGGGAAGGGAGCUGCUUGCAUUGCCCAUCUGGACAUGGGCUGUGCUGCUAGGGACUACCGUGACCUGGCGCGGCAAGCGGUUUAAGGUGAGGAUGGAUAUGAGCGUGGAAGAGAUCAAGGACAACAAGGUGCGGUCACCAGCAUUCCCAAACGGCACCUGCAGCUCUGCAUCUAAACGGAAAGCGCAUAUAGACUAGACUCGGGAGUUCGCGCAUGAUACCCCUUAUGAUAUAGACCUUAAUAUACCUAGUACCUUCCGCCUACGACCCAGCGACAGCCGCUUAUCUGCAU